AUGUUGCGGCGGCGGCCGGACUUGUACGAGGUGCUCGAGCUGCCCCGCGGUUCGGGGCCCGAGGAGAUCAAGGCCGCGUACCGCCGCCUGGUGCGCGAGUGCCACCCGGACGUGCGCCCGGGCGACGCGGCCGCCGCGGCGCGGUUCCGCCAGGUCAGCCACGCGCACACGACGCUGCUGCACGUGGGCCUGCGCCGCAUGUACGACCUGCACCUGCGCAGGAUGGAGGGCAUCGAGAACUGCCGGCGGCUCGAGGAGCAGCGGCGGGGCCAGGGCAUCGCCGCGCGCCUCCGCGGCCGCGGCCGCGGCGCCCUGGGCGCGCUGGCGCUGGGCGCAGGCCUCGGGGCCCUCCUGGUCGCGGCGCUCGCGGCGGCCAUGUUGUCUCUGCCGGGCUUCUUCUGGACUGCGUUCCACCGCAUCCCCGACUGGGUGCCCGGCAAGUGGGGCCUCGUGCGGCUGCACUCGCAGGAGCCGUCGGAGGCCGACCCCCGGCCACGCGGGAUGGAGGGCGCCUUCCCAGACGAUGAUCCAGAGUAUCCUGGCGUGCGGUGGGUCCUUGUUCGAUACGUUCUCACAUGGCUGAAGGACGGGGUGCCGAUGCCCCGCUGCCAGGACCUCCCAGCGAAAGCUUUCGGCUCGCUGCGGGGGGCGCCGCGCGUCUUCGCGGUCACUCACCCCUGGCUUGACCGCUGGCAUCCAGACCCGGCUGGCAUCCAGGUGGAGACAAUGCGAGCGAAGUUUGACAAAAUGAGGCAGCAGAUGAUGACCGACCUGGACGACGUCCUUUUCUUUGACUACCUCUGCCUGCCGCAGGUGAGCACGACUGGUGUUGAUGAUCGCUCUCCGGCCGAGAAGCUGCGCUUUCGCAGCGCGCUGUCGGGGGAUCAGAUGGGCAGGAUAUCCGUACCUGACGAGUCGCGUGAUUUUCAUCGACGAGGUGCCGGGCGACGCCAGCUCCCGCGCGCCGUACCUCGACCGCGGGUGGUGCUACUUCUCGGCGGCGCGCCCGACCUAACACUUCCCCCCCUCGGCGCGCCGCCGAACUUCGAGAGCGCGGUCGCGUCGAUGAACACGUUUCCGCGGGAUCUCAUGUGGACGCAGAGGUCGCUGAAAGAAGAGAUCGCGCGGUUUCGGACGAUGUCGGCCGAGUUCCGCCAGACUGGAGACAUCACGGCCAUCGUCGACGCAUUUGAUUCAGAGAUUGCAUCGAAGUCGUUCGCGCAGCCGUCAGACCGAGACCUCGUCCGAGGCCUCUUCGUCUCUCUGGCGCGGUCCCAGAGGCUGAUCGCAGCCUCCGCCCGUGGCGAUGUCAAGGGCGUGCAGGCCGCCAUUGACGACGGAGCUGACCUGAAAAGCCGCAACGGUCAUGGGCACACUGCCUUGCACGUGGCUGCCGCGAACGGUCACACUGGUGUUGUCUCUGUCCUUCUCAAGCGGAGCACGGCAUUUGAAGUCUCCAUGACCACGAUGGAAAAUGAGUCCUCGGUCGACCUUGCCAAGAACUGGCGCGAAAGCAGUGUCCUGUUGCGUCACAAUCUGGGUGAACCGUUCCCACCUCUAAUUGUUCUCACAAUUCAUGGUGAUCUGCCACCCCUUAAGGAGCUUCUUAGUACGCUGCAAGCUGAUGACGGGGGUGCUCAGGCUUUUCCCUCCGCAGGGAUUGUGACAUCGGAGCUCGCGCUGGUGAAUGGCGAAAAGAACGGUCCUGCCGCCAGAGCAGGAGCAGUUGCACGCGAGAGCUCGGCAUCCGAAAACGCACCACAGGCGAGUCAUGACAAGAAGAUCCCCGCGAGAGGACCAAAGACAUUAGCGUCGCCAGCAGGGGCGCCCCCCGCUGCAAAGCCAAGAGCUCCGCCAGGGAAGACGGUGCCGGCGAAGGCGAAGAGCUCGCCGGUUCGUGGGGCAGCCCUGCGCACGGCAGCAGCUGCGAUCGCACAGCCGAGCAUGCAGUCUGCACCGUUGCCUGUCGAGGGAGAGGCGGUUGCGGGAGGCAGUCUCGCAACACGUGGCGGCGCUGCUGAAGCCAAGCCCGUGCCAAAGGCCAGCGGCGCUCACCCCAGAGACGCCCGCCGACACGCAGUCAAGCCUGUCCUGGCGAUCGACGUCAACGAGGCAGACGACAUCGGGUGGACAGCUUUGCAUUAUGCCGUUUCCAUGGAGCACGCGGCCAUUGCGAAGGAGCUCUUGCAGUCCAGGGCAGAUCCGACACGAUGCAACGCUGAAGGGGAGUCUCCGGCCGCGCUGGCAGCCAGGCUCGAUGUCAAAGCUGUCUUGUCUGAACUGCGCGAGGGCGAGGGCCUGUGCGAAGGGCACUUCACGACGAAGGACAAGUGA